AAGAACAAGAAGAAGAAAGAAGAAGCCUAUAUAAUAUAAUAUAUAGUAUAUUUAAAUUUGGAUAUAUAGUGAUGAUGAUGAUGGAUGGUCAAAGGGUUGGUGAUCUUCCACCAGGAUUUAGUUUUGAUCCAACGGAUGAAGAGCUUGUUUUGUAUUAUCUAAAAAGUAAAAUAGCUGCAAAUUUGACCUUCAAUAUUCCUCAUAUUGAUUUUUCUUCUUCUGAUCCUCGCCAACUCAAUGAAAGGACGUUGUGGAGCAAAAACCAAUGGUAUUUUUUCAGCCAAGUGAAGGAAAAUAAUAAUCGAGCUACAGGAAGAGGAUAUUGGAAGGAACUAAAUAUGAAUGAGCCAAUUAUACUCAAACAUUGUGGUCAAAACGAAGAAAUAAUUGGAACAAAGAAGUACUUUGUGUACUAUAUUACUACUACUACUAUUCAUGAGCAAAUACAAACCAAUUGGAUUAUGGAAGAAUUCCACCUCUCUAAAUCCUUCAACAAGAGACAAAAUGACAAGCUAUUGGAAUGGGUUGUAUGUAGAGUACAUGAAUCAAAAAAGGAUUCUGAAGGGAUAAAUUGUGAUGAUGAUGAAGUUGAGCUCUCAGCUUUGGAUGAAGUUUUUUUAUCAUUGGAUGAUGAACAAGAACAAGAGGAAAUAAGUUUCCCAUACAACUCGAUAUACUAAGCUUUUGUUAUACGCGAAAUCUAAAAAAGAAUCAAAUCUGAAAGAUCUAUUAGAAGCUAUUUAAUAUAUGUAUACAUAUGGUGUGCAUGGACUUAUAAAUCUAUAUGGUCUCUCAA